UGAUCCCCCCGCGUGCGAGCUUUGCCGCCAAACUUGCCAUGGCUGCUAUGGCUGCAGCCAUGCGUUCAUCAUGUCUCGCCGCUCGAGGAGGUUGGCGCAAGAUAUUGCAGCAGCUCCCAGUGCGCAUGCAGCCUGGGAGCUUCUCCGGUCACAAGCAAACUUUGAUCAGAUCCAUGUUGCAGCCUGCCUGCACCGUAUGGCAACACAACAAGCAUCCCCGCCUGCUUUGCAGGAACUGCUCUCCUACGUUGAGCCAGAGAAGCUUGAUGUUGAUAUGCUGGCGAUCAACUGCUGGUCGUUGGCGAAGCUUCACAAGGCUCCAGGGACUCAAGCCCUGUGGCGCCGCCUCGUGUCUAGAGCGGAGCUGCAGAGGCCUGAGUUCUCUGCUCGGCACUUGUCCAAUUUGCUUUGGUCUGUGGCCCGCUGCAGAGAGACAGAGGCCAAGAGCCUCCUUGAAGAAUUGCCUCGCCAAGUUCAGGACAUGUCUCCACAGGGCCUGGCCAAUUGCUUUUGGGCCAUCAGCAAGCUCCAAGGUGACAACCUUCAAGUCGUCGAUGUCCUGGCCAAUGAAGCCAAAUUGCGUGCAAGUGAACUGAAAGCGCAAGACUUAACCAGCAUCCUGUGGUCAGCAAGCACUUUUGCAGUGCGGUUCAAUGACCUGAUCAGAGUCCUGGCAGAGCAUGCAGCCAUUUGUGCGCCGCAGCAGUCUGCAAGGCAACUGACCAAUGCCGCAUGGGCUUUGGCCACCGUCUCGCCGGAGCAGAUGCGAAAGACCGUGGAGAUCAUUGUGCAGAAGGCCUUGCAGCGUGGGCCUUUGACACGAGAUCUGUGUAACCUCUCUUGGGCAUUGGCUGCUGUGCGCGGCCAGGCUUCGCCUUUGAUGGUGGAGACCAUUGAAGGGCUACAGCAUCCGACCGUCGGAUUGAUUUGGGCACUUUGUGUCACCAGAGCCUGUGCUGGACCAUUGCUCAUGGCAGGCGUCCGGACCGGUCGCCUCAGUGGUGGACCGGCAGAGGUCGCGCAGCUCUUGUGGUGUCAAGCUACUGUCAGGGCGACUGGAAGCGAACUGUUGACCGCUGCCACGGAACAUCUCCCAGAGCUCUCAUCGGUGGAUGUCUCACGAUGCGUUUGGGCUGCAGCCAUUUUGGAGUCCGAGUUGCCCGCAGCCAAACAGCUGGUCCUUCAAGCUGCGGAGGUUUCAUUGCAUGAUGCAGCCACCGUGGUACAGGUCUCUUGGUCUUUGACUCGUUUGCAGCUGUAUGUUCCUCAACUGCUGGAGCGUUUCUCCUUCCUAGAGGCACUUCGCCCUCAGGACAUGGCUUUGGGUGCUUGGGUUUUGGCCUUUUGGCACUUCGUUGGCAACCGAACGUUCUUUGAGGACAUUGGCGCUGAUUUGACCUACUUUGGAGCACAAGAUUUGUCGAACCUUGCUUGGGCCAUGGCCAUUCAGCUUGUGACCAACGAACCAUUGGUCGUGGCGAUCGCUGUGGCAGCUCAAAGGAAGAUCUCUUCAGAAAUGACACCUCAGCAUUUGUGCAACCUGAUUUGGUCCUUUGCAGCGAUGUCUUGGAGCGGAGUUAACCACUUCAUUCCGACGUUGACCCGUUGGUCCAAUGAAGUGCUGCAAAGGAGCCAUGAGGUGGAGACGCUGGGCCUCGCAGCAACCUCCUGGAGCUUGGCAACGGCCACGGCCCGACAGCCACGACGGAGCACAGCAGGUGGAGCGCAACAAGCGUUGAUGGAUUUGUCUGACGAGAGGUUUCCGAUGGCCGAUUAGUACCCAAGGCCGAGAAUCGCCCAGAAGGUGAAGACUGAUGAAGAGUUUGAUCUCCAGCAUAGACUACAGCCACGCCUUGGGACAAAGCACCUAUUCCUUCUUCAUGUGACUCAGGGCAGUGAGCCUGCAUAGAGUUGCCACAUGGGCGUCGGCAAUCGUUGAAAGCAUAAUUGGACGGGUUGCUAGAUCGAUGGAUGCAGCAACAACUGACCCUGCGGCAAUUUCAAGAUGUUCAAGUUUCAUUUGUACAUCA